AUGGCAGACGCUGAGGAGACGCCGCCCCGUAGGAGCCUCGAAUUCGCGGAGAGCUCGGUCCUGGAAGCUGUUGUGCCUGCAAGUUCCGACAUCAACAUCAAGAACGAAAUCGACUCUUGGAAUGGUGCAGCAGAUGACAAUGGCUCCAUAUUACCGUUCUUAGCACAACGAAACGUGCUGCUCCUUGAUGAGCUCCUAGCUGUAUAUGUUGUCUUCCAAACACCACUGUUAGAAGAAGCGACUUUGAAGUCGUACCUUGCGAGACUGGUGAUCCACGUGGAAGCUUUUGCAUUCAGUACAGUUCCUCCGUCUGACCAAGACACGAAGGCUACGCCUCCCAAGGAAGUCAUCUUCUCUGGUACCAUCAAUCACACAGAUGAGCCUACGGUUGUCAACCAUGGUGAGGGGGACAGUGCUCAUACUUAUGUUAUCUGGAAGGUGGACGUUUUCAUAGCUCGUCCUCAGGGCAGGUAUCAUAAGCCCGCGGUGUACUUCCAACCCACAGCCUCCUUCAAGCCCACAGAAAGACCGCAAAAGGACGCAUUAGAGGACGAAUACCUCCCAAGCCGUGUACCUACGCCUUUAAAUCUGCUCCAGGCUUUUGAGAAUGACCCUGGACUUGUUGGUAUCCAUCCAAGGCUUUCGGCAAUGCGUAUCAGCAAGGUCACGCCGAGUGCUCCUGCUGCAAAAGAGAUGGCUCGACCAAUUCGAAACGGACAGAGACCCCUGUUCCGCGUACUUCCACCAUUAAUAUGGAGGAUGAGGUAUUCAAGGAUCCAGGCGUCGUUAAGCGACCUGUCGUUGAUGGCCUCUUUGGACCUGGAAGUCGCUCAAUUCGCUACUUACGACGUCAGAAUCAAGAAGGUCAGUUUGAAUCUGCAUGGAGGCAAGGUCAGGGAGUUGAGUGACGAAUUGGAUACUACGACAAGUCACAAACCUGGUGACCAACUGACGUUUCUGUACAAGAUCUGGCCUGAUCUUGGCACUGACGGGACGCCAGCACUCGGGAGCAAGGGUUAUUAUUUGACCUUGAAUGUUGAGGCCAAUGUUACCAUGUCUGAUCAAUGUCAUCCGGAUAUUGCUAUUGAGUGGAAGACGCCCAUCGACUUUGCGUCCGACCAGGCCCUCAGCUUGACCAAGGCUAUCCAUCGGCAGAGUAACUCUACAACACAAAGCGCGAAUGCAGUCAACCCUGACUCUCUUGCCACUCAAGAUAGUCAAGACCAGCCUGAGCAGGACGCUUCAAAGAAUGACGUUAACGUCACCUUGACAGUAUCUGGGCCACCCAGUGUCCAAGUCGGCGAGACCUUCACAUGGGAUGUAUUUAUAGUCAACCGGUCCGAUAAAACACGAAGGUUAGCAGUUCUCGUCAUUGCAAAGAGGUCUCGCGACUUGGGGAGGCACAAGUCACAUCCAUCUACAUCUUCUGUAGGCGGACCUCGAGGGGACAGAAAGGAGCUGCUCGGAAUAGCGAUAGUCGACGAAAACGUCGUGUACGCUAAGCAAAAGAAUGCGAGGACAGAGACAGCGGAGUUAAUAUGCUUGACGACCGACAUCCGUUUAGGGCAACUUUCACCUGGCUCUUGCUAUACAGCUGAUCUCAAAUUUCUUGCACUCUCUGCAGGUGUGUUAUCUGUGGAGUCCAUACGAGUCGUUGAUCUGGUUACCAAUGAAGCUGUUGAUGUUCGUGAUUUACCGAGUGUUGUUGCUGUGGCCUCGUAG